GUGGUCGGCGCGCGUCCUGGUCGCUCACAUGGCCAGCGCUUUCCCCUAUUCCCUCUUCCCCACUUUCUACAGCCCGGGCCCCAUCGAUGCGCAGAGGCGAGAGCUUGGAUCCUGCGGGAAAUAUGAACGUGUCCAGCCGUUCGUGGCGGAGACUGGCGACCAGCAGGCAUCAGAAUUGAAAUGGGCAGCCUUAAAAUGUUUGAAACGAGAGAACUGGGAACCAUUGGAACCAGUUCCAAUUCCACUACUUCCAGCCAAAACAGGGUGCAAAUUCCGUCCAGUAAGCCUAGAAGAGCUGACUUACACUGGCAGGAUAAUGACAGGUGGAAAAACAGAGGCAAUGACAAUGGCCCCACUUAAUUUCACAGAGCAGAUGGCUAACUUCUUCCUUGAUCAUUAUAAUGAUGCCUUCAGCUCAAUGGGCAAGCUGCUAGAAGAGCACUUUUACUUUGGUGAAUCUGUUCUCAGGGGAAACGCAAGGAAGACAGCAGUCAAUGUAAACCAUUUGAGAGCAUUCACAGAGCGUGUAAAAAAGAGAGGAUGCCCACUUUCUAGUGCGAGUAAACAUGCGAGACUUUUAAAUCUGUUGCUGCGGGAGUCUAUUUUUGACAUUCCACCAGACUUACUGGCAGAAAAUAUUCAUGAAGAAAUGAAGAUUCAAAGGAACAAACUUCUGUUUGAUCACUCUGCCACUGGAGGAGCUCUGGUAUAUUGCCCCUUUUCCGAAGGGGCCAAUUCUGAAGAUGGAUGUUUGAUCUAUCCUGGCAGCAACUCCAUGAACUUUCUGAAUUUCCAUAAAGUUGCACUGAGUUAUGAUCAAGAUAAAAUGCCAAAAUUGAACAUGAAAUUUAAGCCAGUGAAAUUUGAACUGAAGGGUAGAAUUCACCAAAUCAACUCUAGUGCUUUGGAGGAAGAAGUUUUUGUAGGGGUUCGCUCUGACUACCAUUGUGGAGCAUGGAAACUCUCCGGUGAAAUAAAUCCAGCUGCCUUACAAGUGGUUCAGACAGAAGAAGUGGCUACAUGCAUUAAUGUCAGCCCUCAUGUGCCUGGAGAGCUGGUAAUUGCCAGUGAGUGUGGAGCUGCCUAUCUUUGGGUCCUGGACAAAGGCCUUCAGAAAAUAAGAAAGGAAACAGAGAACCUGUACUUCAAUGCUCAGUUACCAUGGAGGUGGUGUGACUUCACAGCUCACCCACGGGUGUAUAUGUAUGCUGAUAGAACUGGACUGGACUUAACUGAUGUGAGGACUGGUGAAGGCUAUAACCAAACCUUGUUUAAGGUAGGAGCUGCUGCUGACUGCCAAAAAGGUGAACGUGUGAUUCUUCCCAAACACCUCCGUGAUGUAAAUCCAUACCAUCACCUAAUUACAACACAGUAUUCUGCUUACAUUGUUGAUGAACGAUUCUCUACUGUUCCUGUUCUAAAAUGGGACCACACCUUGGACUCGCCACCAAUGUUUGCACAAGUCACCAAUGGGGCAGUAAGGAACAGAACGAACAAGAUUGUUUUGGGGACUCAACGCACUCAGGAGGUGUUGCUUCUGCAGUAUUCAGGUGGGACACAGAUGCCUUGCCAAUCAUUUGGGCCUCCACAGAAACUCUCCACUAUUUAUGAUAUAAUGCAACACCUGCCAGUCAGGAGACCUCACUCACAUGAAAUGGUUGCUGAGAGACUGCACUCUGCUGGGGCAGGACUUGCGACACUUUACCACACUCGUGGCAAAAAGACCCUGUCAGUGUUUCAGCUGUCUGCAGCAGGAGACCUAUUUUACCAGACAUUGGUCCCUCGGAACUUGUCAGCUAACGGGAAAAGGACAUUGAAAGACUCAGGAAUGAUAGCUGAAAGUGAACAUGAACCAAACACAGCUACUUUGGGUGAAAAGGUACAGUCAGUAAACUGUGGUACAGAACCAAGUCGUGAUGAAGCACAAGAUUUAGUACCAGGUGAGAGUGAAAGGCAGGAAGAAGCCUCUUCACUGAGGGCAGUAGACAAACCGAGAUUCCAGUCAUCGAUCAAGCAGAUUACUAAGACACCUUUAACACCCAGUUCUGCUACUCUUAUCAUGUGUAGAAGGUGGAUGAACUCAUUCUUAAAAAAGCAACAGAAAUUUCGAAAUGGUUUUGAAGAGCCACAGAAGCAUUCUGUCAUCAGUACAAAGCGCAUGUUCUCACAUAAAGCAUUUUUGAAGGAUAAUGAAUUAAAUGACACAUACAAAGAAAUGUGGAAUAAAAUGAAAGCGGUUAUGGAAAAAAAGCAAGUGCUUUGCCAAAAUACUUUUCCAAUACUUGAUCCUGUUAGUGUUCCAGAUGUUGUGGAUCCCUCAGUGUGGAGGGAUGAAUUGAGUGAAAGACUUACAGCAUCAUGGGAAGGUAAGUGGAAUGAGUGGUGGGCAGAAAAAUUAGAUGUGAACCGGGACAAAAAGGUCCGAGCUUUGCGAGCAAGAAGAAGACUGGAAAAGUUAUCUCGAGCAGGACGACGCAGAGGACUGUCCGGGAGCUUCACAUCCUCAGUGUCUAAUUUGUCGGACUUCAGUGAUUUUUCGGGUUGGAGUAGGUCUUCUGUGCUGGAUUCAGAGCAGAGUGACUACUUAUCUGGUGCAGAAAGUAAUGUUCUGUCAAAAAAAUCUCUAGAAGUAUCAAAUGCGAGUGUUAAUGAAAAUCUUGGACGAGAAGUGGAUCUUCAAUCCAGUGUGUCUGUAGUAGAACAAAACCAAACACCAACACCCACAUUUCCACAAGAAAGGCAGUUGGUCAGUAUUCCCAAGGAAAGAAAGAGAAUUCUUCAAAAUUACUUAGCUGCACUAGAAGAUCUCACACCCCAGUCUUCUCAAGGAGAUGAUGGAAUAGAUGGGUUUUUACCAUUAGCUACCUCUACACAAUUGUCACAUGUUGGAUCUUUACAAAUGGCAUCCACUAGUGAAAUGUCCUUCCUUCCAAUGCCUCGAAGUCAGCCCGGAUCAUCUCAGCCAAAAAGGAAAAGAGCCAGAAUGGGUUUUUAGAAACAUUGUGAUAUGUUGAAGCCUGCCACGCAUCUGAAACAAAUAUUUAACUCAAUCAUUUAUCUUGUGAAACAAUUCUUGUCUUGUGGGAUUUUUAGAAAUUUCCACUUUAAUGCUGCUGAUGUUUUAUCUUCAUAUUGGUUACUUUACACUCAAAGAACAUUUAUAAUUUUAAAAAAAAUUUGAUAAAGUUGAUUCAACACUUUUUGUCCUGUAGACAAUUGUCAUGUGUUUCCUUCUGGGCCAAAAUUAUAACUAAAUUGUGAUUUGAAAGAUGAUUUGAGUGUUUUUAUAAAAUCUGAAAUAUGUAUGCAAGUGCAAACUUUUUCUCUCCCUGCAUUUUUUUAAAAAGAGCUUAUUUGCAAAAAACUAUUUAAUAAUUGUCAAAGUUUAUGUUUAGUACUUGGAACAUUUUGUGUAACUAAAUUCCUAAUAACAAUAAGAAGUAUGAUUCAGGGCUUAAAAUUCUAUUUCAGUACCAUCUUAAAUCAAGGAACCAUUAAGUAUUUUUAUGGACCUCUUUUAAAUGUGUCAAAUAUUCCAAAGAUUGCAGUAAUACAGUAUACAUUUGGCUCAGAACCAUUAGAACUCCAAUCUUCAGACAGUGCUGUAAAGGAAUUUUACUGUUAAACUGAAUUGUUAACACCAGAUGGCAGGUUGCUUUAAGUAUGACACUGCUGUGAGGAGCACAGAAGGCAUUGGUCCGAUUGCAUUUGAAAUACUGUGAGCAAUUUUGGGCCCCAUAUGUGGGUGUAUUUUGUUUUUGUUUAUUGACAUACAGUGAGCCCUUCCGGCCCUUUGAAUAUGGCCACCCAGCAAUCCCCUAAUGUUUUAAUCUGAUCCUAAUCACAGGAUAAUUUACAAUGACCAAUUAACCGGUACAUCUUUGGACUGUGGGAGGAAACCCACACUGUCACGGGGAGAAUAUACAAACUCCUUACUGGAAGCGGUGGGAAUUGAACCUGGGUCACCUGUACUAUACAGCAUGGUGCUAACCACUAUGCUACUGUGCUGCACCUGGACAGGUGUACAGGUCCUGGAGAGGGUCCAGAAGAAGUUCACAAGAACAACCCCAGGCUUAUAAUAUGAGGGGGUGUUUGAUGGCUUGGGCCUGCUUUGGAUGGAGUUCAGAAGAAUGAAGGGGGAAUCUCAUUGAAACCUGCUGGAUAUUGAAAGGUCCAGAUAAAGUGGGAAUGAAUCAUAUACUAGUGGAAACGUUAUCGCUGAGGGCACAUCCUCAGAAUAAAGAGGCAUUAAAAUGGAUGAAAAGCCAGCAGGUUGUGAAUUCCUGGAAUUAUCUGCCACAGAGGGCUGUGCAGACCGAAUCAUUUAAGGCAGAGAUUGAUCAAUUCUUGAUUGGUAAAGGAGUUAAGAUUAAAUGCAGAAGACAAGAGAAUGGGAUUGGAAAAAAAAUGACCAUGAUUAACUGGUGGAGAGGCCUUUGUAUGGCCCAAUUCUGCUCAUAUCUUAUGGGCUUGUAGUCUGACAAACAUCAUCAAAAUACCAUCUCUUAAAUUCAUUUUAUUUGUUUUCGCUCCUUAUAAAUGUUGUUAUUAAUAAUUCUCCGGGGUCUUUCAGGUAUGUCUUAAACUUUAUCUGUCUUAGCUUGAUCUGUUGCUUUGUUCCACUGUUUAUUUUAAUGUAACCGUCUAUAUUACUUUACCAGGGUAAGGGUCUGGUUUCUGUGGUCUUUCCACACAAGUGUUACGGUAAGGAUUCGUCCCAAAUGAUUUGCAUCUAGUCCUUAAAUCUAUUUUUCUUGUGCAUGAGAAUUGGGCUCGAUAGUAAAGUGUAGUUUGAUGAGUAUCUAGAAAAAAUGUGGCAUGUUAUUUUUUUAUUUUCAUAAGGCUUUAUUCAAAUGCAAUGUCAUUGAAUAGUUGAUCCGUAAUCAUUUUAACAUCAUUGUGAAUUUACUAAGAACGUCAGAACAUUCAAAUAACAGGUAAUUGACCCGAGAUGCUGUUUCUGUUUUCAGACCUGCUGAUGCUUCCUGUAUUUCCUUUAUUUAAAACAUUUAAAAUGAAAGUUGAGUUAAUUGUCAAAUGCACAUGUACAUGUUCGCAUAGGUGAAAUGAAAAUUUGUUUGGGCACAUAGCAUCAGAUACACAACACACACUAAAUGCUGGUGGAACUCAGCAGGUCAAGCAGCAUCUCUGGAAAUGAAUAAAAAGUCGAUGUUUUGGGCCGAGACCCUUCUUCAGGAAAGGAAUGGGGAAGACACCAGAAUAAAAAGGUGGGGGUAGGGGAAAGACAACAAGCUAGAAGAUGACGGAUACAAUACAUUUGCACAAACAUAAAUUGUACUAAAUUAACAUUACAUCUGGGGAUUCAAGAUAGAGUGGAUCAGGCAGACCGUCAUGCACAAGUCCCUGGACAAUCGGGGCAGGAACGUCCCCAAUGUCGCCCUCACCCUGUUGGCCAGCUUCGUGUGUGGCUGCAUCAGGUUGUGUGUAGAGCCCAGAUAUGUGGGCACCAAGUACCACUAUAUGCCCAGGUUCUACCUGUCGCCUUCGCUACGAAGGAUGUGUCUGGCUCCAUUCCCACGCAACGCCCCAGUCAGCUGGUUGUUGCCGCCAUACCUGUCCUUCGUAGAAAAGUUCUUCCAGGAGGACGCCUUUGACCACAGGGCCAUCAGGCAGUGGUCUGUGCGUAAAUGUUCUGCAGGAGGAGGACGUGAUGGACACAGUGGGGUGGUUCCCUGAGCAGACUGUCCAGUACAUCAGGCAAAAUGCCUCAUCGCCAGACCUCACCAACAGGCAGGCACCAGGACCUCACCUGGCUGGUGGUGAGAGGGGCCCUCCCAGUCAAAUCCCUCCUGUACACCCGGAACGUCACCUCCACACCCUGCUGCCCACGGGAGGACUGUAGUGAGGAGGAGUCUUUGACCCACCUCUUUGCACACUGUCAGUUUGCAGAGAAGGUGUGGAGGAGGAUGGACGGGCUAGUGUCACGUUUCAUCCCUGGCAGCUGCGGAACAAAGGAUUCUCUGAUCUACGGGCUGUUCCUGGGGACGCACACGGAGACCAACAUCCGGUGUUGCUGGUAGAUCAUCAACUCGGUGAAAGACUUGAUGAUCUACCAGCACAUGGAGAUGUCCGUGGCAGAAUACUGCCGACUGGCACAUUCUCGGCUGCAGGAGUACGUGCUGAGGGACACACUGAAAACUCGGUGCAACCACGGCAAGAGCCCAGUGGGGAAGGACCACAGUAUAGGUUCUUCCUUCACCCGCGGGAGUGGGAGGGGUCGGGUAGCGGGGUGUAGACCCCUCAACAAUGGUGUGGUAAGGUGAACAACUGGAGUGCCAUGUGGGUGGCCAAAGUAUGGAUAUGUAGAAACCAUAAGGGAAAUGUAUGUAAA